AUGGGUACUCUUGAUCAAGGUUCUAACGCUACUUCUAUGGAUUCUAAUAAGAAGAGGAAAAGGCAAAGUAAUAAAUCUGUAGCUGAGACCCUUAAAAAGUGGAAGGAGUAUAAUGAGUAUCUUGAUUCUCAAGGUGGUGAUGGAGGUAAUAAACCAGCUCGUAAAGUUCCUGCCAAGGGCUCAAAGAAGGGGUGCAUGAAAGGUAAAGGUGGGCCUGAGAAUUCAGUCUGCAAUUACAGAGGUGUGAGGCAGAGGACAUGGGGAAAGUGGGUUGCUGAGAUUCGAGAACCAAACAGAGGCCCUAGGCUAUGGCUUGGUACUUUCCCCACUGCCUACGAAGCUGCUCUUGCCUAUGAUGAAGCUGCACGUGCUAUGUACGGCCCUUAUGCUCGUUUAAACAUUCCUGAUGCAGUGAAUUCUUCAAGCUCGUCGAAGGAUAACUUCACUUCAGCAACACCAUCUUGUUGUUCUUCAGCAGCAAGUCCUGCAGACUCUGUUACAACAUCAACCCACUCUGAGGUCUGUGCGUAUGAGGAUCCUAAGCAGAAUGUGUUCAGCCAAGUUGAGGUUUGUGGGAAGGAUGUAUCAAGCCAAGCUGAUAUUUUUGGGCAGAAUGAGUUUAGCCAACAUGGUGAGGAUGGUUCUCGAGGAGUUGAAAACACCAUGCUGAGGGAUGAGCCAAAGAUUGGAUCAGAAAAUCCGUUGUUAACUCAAUCAGAAUAUCCAGUGUGGACCAAUGACUGGCACAACUACUCGUUGGAUGAGAUUUUUGACGUAGAUGAGCUCUUAGGGGAUAUUGAUGCGCAGGUGCUAGGGUCAGAAGGGUACUUCAGCUUAGGAUUUUGA